UGUGAGAUCACGUUCCAAUAUGGCGCUACCCUUGUGUACUGCGGUGAAACAUCCAUUCAGAUUGAUCCACAUUUCCUCUUUCCCUCGAAGGUUGAUGUGCUCUGGAGUCUGUACGGAAAACAAGGUGCAUCCUCAUCGUGUAUUUUCCGGUAUCCAGCCAACUGGAGUGCCACAUUUGGGCAAUUUUCUUGGUGCUUUGGAGAACUGGGUGGCCCUGCAGAACCAGUACCCCACUGUGCUUUACAGCAUUGUGGACCUGCACUCCAUCACCCAACCUCAGGAUCCAGAUCAGCUCCGGAGCAACAUACUGGACCUGACAGCCAGCUUGCUGGCCUGUGGUAUUGACCCAGAGAAGGCAAUCCUGUUUCAGCAGUCUCAGGUGUCGGAACACGCAGAGCUGGCCUGGAUCCUCGGCUGCAUGACCAGCAUGCCCCGCCUGCGCCACCUCCCUCAAUGGAAGAUGAAGAGUGGGCAGAAGAACGAAGGCAGCGUGGGUCUGUUUACAUACCCCGUCCUCCAGGCUGCCGACAUUCUCCUCUACCAGUCUACUCAUGUUCCUGUUGGAGAGGACCAGGUCCAGCAUCUGGAACUGGCUCAGGAUCUUGCUCGGAUCUUCAACAAUCACUAUGGGGACCUGUUCCCCGAGCCCCGCACACUGCUAAGUUCCACACGAAAGGUCAAAUCCCUCCGUGACCCCUCAGCCAAAAUGUCCAAGUCGGACCCGCAGACGAUGGCAACCAUCACAAUCACAGACUCUCCAGAGGACAUUGCCCUUAAGAUCCGCCGCGCCGUCACCGACUUCACCUCUGAGGUGACCUUUGACCCAGAGACACGGCCGGGUGUGUCCAACCUGGUGAUGAUCCACGCUGCCAUGGCGGCCAUCAGCGUGGAGGAGGCCCUGUCACAGGCCAGAGGGCUGGACACGGGAGCCUACAAGAAGCUCGUGAGUGACGCCGUGGUCCAGAGGCUGACGCCCAUCCGGCACGAGAUCGGGAAGCUGAGGUCGGACCGAGCGUACCUGGAAGGACUUCUGGCUCAGGGACGUAAAAAGGCUCGGGAGCUGGCCGCUCCUGUGCUCGCUGAGGUCCGACACAGAGUAGGUUUUUCCUGACACGCUGACCGCGGCAGAAGAGGCAGAAGGCCGAGAACUGACAGACUGGAGGUGCUGGAACCUGCAGAAGCUUCGUCUGCAGUACCUUUAUGAAUGCAGGGUGUCGCGUUUUCCCUUUGAUUUUGUUGCUGCUUUCUGCCUCAAAGUCAUAAUAAUAAAAACUUCAAUAACAAAGUUACACAUAAAUCCAGCUGUGUUCAACCUCAAACCAUUGAAGCUGUACUUGAUUUUGAAGGUUUGGCGUUCAUUUUAGGCUUGAAAAAGCUUUUUAUUCAUUGAUCUGAUGAACCAGAUGUGAGCUCCAACUCAACUCAUGAUGCCAUCCUCUUGACACGUUCCACGGGGUUUAGGUCCGACGAGUUGGCAGCCAAUCGAGCACCGUGAUGCGUGGGAUCCAAGCAGGUUCUGGUGCCCCUGGCAGUAUGGACGCUUCCAAGGUUCUGCCGCAUCUCCAUCCAGAUCCUCAGCCGAUGGAAUCCUGUAUUCCUCUAGAACAUUCUGCUAGACUGUUGCGGUGAUUUUAGAUUGAAGAAACCAGAGUUUACCAACAGCAGUUCUGGACAUUGCAGCCCAAAAUGUGACUGUGGGGAUUUCACUCUGGACCUCCAGCAGCUUGGGUUCUGCUCCUCACCAGUCUGCCUCCAAACCCUUGGACCUCGAUUACCGAAUGGGAGACGCAUUUUCCUGGAUCACUGUCCAGCAGUCCAGUCCUUCUUGUCUUUGGCCCGGUUUCCUCCGUUGGUCCAGGCUCAGAAGUGUCUUGACCCAACAGUUGUGGCCCGUCUCCUGAAUGUGUCUGAAUGCGAUGGUUUUGGAAGCUGGUCCUCCGCCUCUUUCUGGACGUCUGCAGGUCCUUGAGUCUUCUGAGAAUCCGCUGAAGUGGUCUGUUUUGCUGCUGCGUCUUCUCCGGACACAUAACCUCCCUGGCUGGGAAGGUUUGUGGCUCACCCAGACUAUGGAGGAGGUCCAUGAGGGUCUUCUGGCUAGUUGUCUAAAGUCUGGAGUCUUCAGACUCUAGACUUUAGACACAUCUUUUUAGCGUGGCUUUUCGAUAAUCUUAUCUGAUGUUUGAAAAAAUGAAUGUAUGUUAAUUAUUUGUAUGUAUUUGUUUCAUGUAAUUUUUAUUCACUUUUGUGUUUUAAUAUUAACAUUCAUUUUAAGUUUCUAACUUGAACUUCUUUAUAUGCUUUUAGCCCCCGUGUUGCCCUGUGGGGGGCCUUCAGGCCUUGCCGGUUUGGUCUGGGGCUGUUGCUGUGGGGCCCCCCACCCUUGCUGGGGCAGCCUCGUGGCUGUGAGUGGACCCUGUUGCUGUCUUGAUCUGGGGGGGUGCUGUGGCGAUGCUCCUGUGGCUGAGCUGCCUGCUGGCAUGAACAGAUUCCUAGUAGACGGUUUCCUCACUGCAGAGCCAAACCAUGUGUCUGUUUUUUUAAUUGCAUUGUGUGUGGGGUCAUAGGGUGGGUCUGUCAAUGGAGGGGAGGGCAAAGGGUUGGGUUGGUUUAAAAAAAAAAUUUUCAUUUUGUUUGUCGUCUUGUUUUUAACUGUAAAGCCUCUGAGCUUUGUGCUGAAAAUGCGCCUUUUUUAUUAAUUUAUUUUUACAAAUAAAGUCUGAUUUUAUGUAAUUUG